UAUAUAUAUAUAUAUAUAUAUAUAUAUAUAUACGUGUGUGUGUGUAUAUGUAUAUGUGUGUAUGUAUAUGUGUGUGAGUGUAUGUGUGUGUGUGUGUGUGUGUAUAUAUCAGGGGCGGACUGACCAUUUAGUCACUCGGGCACUGUCCGAGGACCCAGGGUCAGUAGGGGGCCCCAUGAGAUGCCCCUGGUACCUUUCAUAGGCUUUUUUGGGUGUGGUUUGAGUGUGGGAGAGGACACAGGGGCCCCAUUUUUUCCUAUUGCCCAGGGGCCCAGGGUCAGUAGGGGGCCCUAUGAGAUGCCCCUGGUACCUUUUGUAGGCUUUUUGGGUGUGGUUUGAGUGUAGGGGAGGACACAGGGGCCCCAUGA